AUGGCUGAAGAGAAUCACACCUCGGUCUCUGCGUUUGUUCUCUUGGGGUUUGCAGAUUAUCCAGAGCUGCAGCGCCCACUCUUUGUCUUGUUCCUGCUGGUCUAUCUUGUGACUGUGGUGGGAAAUGUGGGAAUGAUCACGCUGAUCAAGAUGGACCCCCAGCUCCACACCCCCAUGUACUUCUUCCUCAGCUCCUUGUCCUUUGUGGACCUCUGCUAUUCCUCCAGCGUCACACCCCGGAUGUUGGCAAAUUUAGUGGCAGACUAUAAAGUCAUUUCUUUUGCUGGAUGCCUGAUACAGUGUUACCUCUUCAUUGCUCUGGUUCUAACGGAGUCCUUCAUCCUGGCCGCCAUGGCUUAUGAUCGCUACGUGGCGAUCUGCAGUCCCCUGACGUAUACCACAAAAAUGUCAUGGGAGGUCUGUGUCUGGCUGGUGGCAGCUCCAUCCACAUACAGUUUCCUGGAUGCCAUGAUCCAGACCAUAUUCACCUUCCGAUUGACCUUCUGUGGCUCCAAUGUCAUCAACCACUUUUAUUGUGCUGACCCACCUCUCCUAAAGAUUUCCUGCUCAGACCCACACAUCAAAUUCACCCUCAUGCUGAUCUCUGCCAGCUUCAACCUCAUCAGCUCCCUCCUUGUGAUUCUGAUCUCCUACGUUUUCAUCCUCAUCACCAUCCUGAAGAUUCCUUCUGCUGCAGGUAGACACAAAGCCUUCUCCACAUGUGGCUUCCACCUGACGGCUGUCACCCUCUUCUACGGGACCCUUUUCAUCAUGUACAUCAGGCGUCCGUCGAGCCUGUCGCUAGAGCAGAGCAAGGUAGUCUCCGUCUUCUAUGUGGUGCUGGUCCCCAUGCUCAAUCCACUCAUCUAUAGCCUCCGGAACAAGGAAGUGAAGGGGGCCCUCAAGAGACAAUGGCAUAGCCUUUGUCAUAUCUCACACUACCAAAAUGAAACCCUCAGUGCCUGGUCAGGAGCUGGUUCCUUCCCUCUGGUUCCAAAGCCCAAGACAGCCCUUUGA